AUGGUUUCCAGCCCUGUCUCGACUACCAUCCAUUCGAACGUGUCCAUCAGCAGCUCCAACUUUAAUCCGGCUGCUACCAUCAGCUACUGCGAUGUCACCUUCAACUACACCCACACCGGUCGAAAUGACCGAGUGGCCCUCACUUACUGGCUGCCCGCCCCGGCUGAUUUCAAGAAUCGGUUCCUUACCACCGGUGGCGAGGCAUACGAGAUUAACGAGGGUUCCAGUACCUCUGGAUCCUUGCCCGGUGGUCUCAUGUAUGGAGCGGUUGCUAGCCUCACCGACGGUGGGUUCAAUGGUCAAUCCUUUGACGACGUCUUCCUUCUUGCCAAUGGCACUGUCGACUGGAAAAGCACUUCAUGUUCGGUUACCAAGGGAUCCAUGAGAUGA